AUGAUCGGAGUGUGCAGCUUCAGUUCUAUACAGUACUGUGGGGCAGCGAAGAACGGAGGGCCGAAGAACGGAGGGCCGAAGAACGGAGGGCCGAAGAACGGAGGGCCGAAGAACGGAGGGCCGAAGAACGGAGGGCCGAAGGACGGAGGGCCGAAGGACGGAGGGCCGAAGAACGGAGCGCCGAAGAACGGAGGGCCGAAGAACGGAGGGCCGAAGAACGGAGGGCCGAAGAACGGAGCGCCGAAGAACGGAGCGCCGAAGAACGGAGCGCCGAAGAACGGAGGGCCGAAGGACGGAGGGCCGAAGGACGGAGGGCCGAAGGACGGAGGGCCGAAGAACGGAGGGCCGAAGAACGGAGGGCCGAAGAACGGAGCGCCGAAGAACGGAGGGCCGAAGGACGGAGGGCCGAAGAACGGAGGGCCGAAGAACGGAGGGCCGAAGAACGGAGCGCCGAAGAACGGAGGGCCGAAGGACGGAGGGCCGAAGGACGGAGGGCCGAAGGACGGAGGGCCGAAGGACGGAGGGCCGAAGGACGGAGGGCCGAAGAACGGAGUGCCGAAGAACGGAGCGCCGAAGAACGGAGCGCCGAAGAACGGAGGGCCGAAGAACGGAGGGCCGAAGAACGGAGGGCCGAAGAACGGAGCGCCGAAGAACGGAGCGCCGAAGGACGGAGGGCCGAAGGACGGAGGGCCGAAGGACGGAGGGCCGAAGGACGGAGGGCCGAAGAACGGAGGGCCGAAGAACGGAGGGCCGAAGAACGGAGCGCCGAAGAACGGAGGGCCGAAGAACGGAAUGAAGUGA